UACGGAAGGGCACUUUGGUUGUUUCCACAUCUUUGCAACUGUGAAAGGGAAACAAGCUUUUAAGAAGCCAAAUUUGAGCGGAUUAAGUGCCACCGCAGUCUGAGGAAUGUCAGCUAUUCAACAUGGAGGCAGAGGUCCAUAAGCUGGAACUGAUGUUCCAGAAAGCUGACUCUGAUUUGGAUUAUAUUCAGUACAGGCUGGAAUAUGAAAUCAAAACUAAUCAUCCCGAUUCAGCAGGCAAGAAAAAUCCAGUUUCACUCUUAAAGGAAUUGUCGGCAAUAAAGUCUCGAUAUCAAACUUUGUGUGCAUGCUUUAAAGCAGUUGCUGUUGAGCAGACUAAGAGCUGCAUUUGUGCUACUGUGAAUAAGACUAUGAACAUAAUACAAAAACUACAAAAGCAAACAGACCUGGAGCUGAAACCACUGACUGAAGAGAAAACUGCAGCAAUUAAAAUCUCAUAUGCCUGGCCGGGCGCGGUGGCUCACGCCUGUAAUCCGUUAAGUAUAAUAAGUAGUUGCUUGCAAUAA